GCAACUUAGAUACAAAACAGAAAUAAAGAAUACAUACAUUUCGAAAAAAAUCCUUCCGCUGAUCCCUCUAAAGGUUUUACGAUACCAGAGCAAGUUCUUGCGCGUGUAUUCGUGACGUGUAUUCGUGAAACACAUUGACCAUCGGUUCGAAGUAGAAGAUCUACGAAUCGGCAAACCCAAGCGAAAGCAGGCGUCUUGUAUUGCGCCACUUCUUUUCUACUCACGCAUCUCCGGCGCGUCCGUAUCCGAGGAUACCAUUGUGGUCCAGUCCAAACCACGGUUCUCAGCCGACAAGGAUGAUGAAGCAGACCCUGUUUUUGGCGUGCUGCCUUGCGGCGCAAACCUUGGCGGUCACUCUUCGCGGCGGGGACGGAGACAAAAAGGUACAGUAAGUGUGAGUGUGUUCAAUUUGAUACUGCAACAUGGCAUGGUGGAACUUUGUUGUAGAUGAUGCAAUGGAAGUCAUAACUAUUUUGAAUAGUAAUUCUGACGUCCUUUUGAAUAGUAAUUCUUACGUCUGGAAGGUCUGUUGAUCCAAGCGUUGCACAGCCAUUUUCGCAGCUGCUUUGCUUCCACAUGCUGCUUCUCGUGAAUUCCUGUUCGUGAGUGACAGACAUACUUACACUAGCACAUCUUGCUCGUCGACGUUGGACUUUGUUUUCCUAAUUGCAACGAUCGGUAUCUAUGAAUAUGAUAUCCACCCGUUGAAGAAAAAAUAUUGAAAAUACAGGCCGCCUUGGAGCGUUGGGUGGAAGGUUACAUCAAUGCGCAGUGGGACAAUGGUGACGAGCCCGAAUUUAUCAGGGGCAAAACAAUCUCACAUGUUGGAACCUGGCGCUGUCACGGUCAACGUGCCAGUUUUCCUUUUCUAUAUAUAAAUACUUGGCAACAGCUGCAGAUUUGCUCUGUCUGCUUGUAUUGAAGGUGCUGAUGGAUCAUUAGAAAUUGUUGCAGCGUGUGUAUGCCCAGGCGUGGUGUCAUGAUAGUUUUGCGAAUGCAUAGCGCUCCAUGCCAAAGUCACGGAUGACGGAAAUUUGUUGGUAGACUUCCUGCCCGACCAGAAGACCUUCUCGACGACACACAGCUUCCCUUAUCAAAACUACCACGGACUGUUGAUGGUAUAAAGGUUUGCACGGACUCACUGAUGCACGCAGGAACAUGUUUGUACCUUUGAAUAGCGAUGACUUCAGCUUGCUUUUUUCCCGCUGCGGGGUUGCAGAUGAUGCAGAAAAUGAAUAUCGUCAUGGUCCGCACGGAGUAGAAAUACUAUAGCAUUUUUCUUUUGAGCUUGCGUAGACUGACUUUUCUCCACCCUGCAAUGAAUGUGCCACUACUGCCUUUACAGCACUUCAAGAUAAUGAUUCCGGAUGGGUUUUCGGUGCCUGAAGGCUGGAAUAUUUACAAGGAUCCGAACGCGUUGCAGGUCCGCCUCCCGGAGCAGCCCCAGGCUUAUGCAAAAUUCAAGACGUUCCACGCACACAUAAACAACAGCGGCACCAGUAAGAUUGAUACUAACUCUAAUCCAGCUAGGGAGUAGUGUUGUAGCAAACUGUUUUGUGGACGGCCGCAUGAUGAGUCCUGCACUAGUUAGCUUUCUGAGCCAGGAAUGGAUUUGCCUCAUUCAAGCCCCAGUGUGCAAGGCUUCUGAGUUAGAAAUUUUUACCAUAAUAUGACACGAUGGCAUGUGUCUUCUUCCUUGAGUACAUCGGUAGGAAAGCGCUCAUCCUACAAAACAGGCGGGAGGUGCUGUUUCAAGAUUUCCGAGGGUAAUUGGCUAUCCGGUGCAACGAUCUUGUAGUAGUACUUCUGCGCAUGGCCUACCAGGCUCGCAAGUGUGCGAGUGCGACAUCGAAAAGCGCCCCAAGACGCCAUUCGUUUUUGGAUGACCUUGUUACUUUUACUGAAAAACAGAUACAACUAGGAGUAAGUAUGUAUCUGCUGUGGUGAAAGUCGAAAGUUUUCCAUUUACAGCGGUCCGACUAAAGGUUGCAAGCCAUCACUGAAACUUUGUUGUUUUGGCCGAUUAAAGUCUAAGUUGGCUCUCGGAACGAGUUCCAUCACACGCAUGUUUGCAUGGGAUAGUGCCAGCAUUACUCUCUCCACGGCUGGAUUGACCGCUUGUGGGAAUUCUUGGUGCACCCUGACGCCGGGACUGUCGACACCCCCUACGAUCCUGAGGCGCAGAGACUGUGGCGCAGGUACAUAGAAUUGCGAUUUCAACCAGGACUCUUAUGCCACCCUGCUCGAUCACAUUGAAUCAAGCUCGAAGUCGUGAGAGUGACAUAUUCUUAAAUUAUGGUGAAUUUUUGGUCGUAGACUGGCACCCUCCACUGCAAAGAGCAGCUGGCAACUUUCCUUUACUCUCGGCAUACGAAGAACAUCUUCAGGUGGAUCGCCUCAGGAGCAGAGGCAGCAGGGGAGAAGGCAGACGCGUCGUAUUGGAGAGCUGUUGGGGAAAUGGCCAUUUAUCAACACGAAGAUAUGUAACCCCACCUCAUCCUGCUCUCUAGAUCGUGCAUUGUCAUGUGCAGACCCGCAAGAGAAAAUAUGUAUCGUAUUUGCCGCCCCUCACUCCUGAGAGCUGGACACGCUCAAGGUCAUGAUGUGUACCCGGCCCGUGAAGCAGGACUAUUGCGUAUUAAGCAAAGAAAAGCGCAUGAGAAAGGGUGGGGAGAUACGGCGGCCCCCCGUGCAACCUUGAAGUAAGACAGAGUAACAACUUUUGAUGUCCGCAAAAUUUUUCGUGGUGACUCGGAGAUUGCGGAGGGGUGGCAGUUCCAUUUUCGGCUUGAUAAAGAAAAGCACCAUUUCAAAAGCGAUCUCAACUUCCCAGACGAAUUCUGAGUCCAAGAUGUGAAAUUGCAGAUCGGCUUUACGAGCAUACGGGUACGGCGCGAAUCUGUUGGCUGGCGAGGUCCAUAUGAUAGAUGAGAAUGCAGUAAUGAAAUGACAAUGACAAGAGGCCUGCGCUUGCAUGAGUCUUUACUAGCUCGACGCGUUCCUCAUGACGAGCAAAAAUUACAGCUGCGCCGUUUGUCGAAUCGGCCUCGGCCGCUUGCAUAUCUACACGAGCAUGUGCUUUUCUCAUUCUCUGCGGAGUGUCGUUGACUCAUGCAUUCACAGGCGUGGACGUCAACAAGGUCAUUGGUAAGUUUUGCGAUGUAUCACGUAGGUUGGACAGUGUGCUAGCCAAUUAGGAAAGGCUGUUCGUGCAGAAAAAGUGAAGCCUGCCCGCGCGAACCACGAUCAGUAUUUUGCAACUGCGAUUGCGGCGCAGCAGAGAAUCAACGUUAUGGAGACCUGAACACAGAACUUAAGCUGUGCAAGUACAUACAGAAAAUGAAAAAGUCAAAAGACGCCAUUCAGCUGCUUCAGCUGCGUGCGGAUUUGUCACUAUGUGCUCGUUUAGCGCAGGCCCUCGAGGCUGAAGCUGCUUACACACCAGCACGGGCAGUUGAAGAUCAGACGAGAAAGACAUUAUUGAAAACGAACUACGACUUUGUUGCGAUUCGCAUCAUUAUACCGAUAUGGUAAUGGCUUCCCUUUUUUCUGUAAUGUUUGCACUUUUCGCCAAGAACUAGA